CCYCUCCAAACCAAAAAYCCMAACAUCAUGGUCAGUAAACUAAGACCACCAUCAGCCAUCAAAAGGCCUUAUGUCAAGGACACCAAAGAAGAUGUUAGCACUUCAAAGGUAAAGGUUCCCAAAUGUGACCUUUCUGUAACUUCAAAACCUCAAACAGUCCAAAGCUCAUUGAGGAGACAGACYUCUAGUGCAGUUGUAAGGAGGGCUACUACUACCAAGACUGACAUGCCGCCUCCUUCAUCAGCACCAAGAACAACAUUGAGGCGACAAACAUCAGCAACUCAAGUCAAGAAACCCCCAGUGGGUUCGGCAAGUUCAAGAGUUGCUAUCUCCAAAACAAAAACUACUGCAGCCAGUUCAAGAACAACAGCUGCACCAAAGGCUAACCAAGCAGCAAGCAAGAGAGCUAAGUGGGAUUACAAGGGACGKCUUGAAGACAUGGARAAACAGAUAGCAAACAACGAACACUUCAUGAACACCAUGAAUCAGAGCAUGAACAGCAAUAAAGAAMGGCUAGAGUACUUGGAGUCAGUCAAGAAGGAGUUGGAAAAGUCAAAUGAAGCAAAAAGUCARCGAAAUGAAGAAAGUUCUGCAAAGAUUUUCGACCUUGAAUCCCUAAAUAGAAGUCUACAUGAAGAGAUCAACUCACUGAAACAAAAGUAUGAUUUUGAAUUAGAAGUAAAAGAGAAUAAGAACAAGAAUAUYGAAAAAGAACUUAAACAGGUAGAGGCAGAUCUCGUAAUAUCUCGUGAAGAAACCAACGCUCUCAGGUCAACCAUUGCCCAGAUAACUGCUCAAUCGUACGGCAUAAGAACUGAACUAGAGGCGACAAAGCUUAAUCUUCAAAAUACAACGUCACUUUGUGAACAAAAAGACCAAAAGAUCAGUGAACUAUCUCAAACAAUCCWAGAAUUACAGCAACUUGUAAACGAAAAAGAUGGAAAGCUUCGUGAAGAGGAGACGCAACGUCGGAGUCUUCACAAUACGAUACAAGAACUUAAGGGAAACAUCCGWGUAUUCUGCCGACUUCGGCCGCCAGUUAAUGCUGAAAAGGAUUGCACACUAGCCAAAUUCUCUCUGAGUCACGAUCAACGUASUGUCAUCGUUGAACAAUCAAUACCAUCUGAGGACGUUAAAGGAACCAAAAAAGCAAYUGUUCCRUACGAGUUUAGCUUCGAUAAAAUAUUUGACCCGUCUAUGGGACAAGAAAAUAUUUUUGAAGAAAUCUCACAGCUUGUUCAAUCGGCACUCGACGGAUACAGGGUAUGCAUAUUCGCAUAUGGUCAAACAGGGAGUGGGAAAACCUAUACDAUGGAGGGAGACGCGUGUGAAUACACCAAGCGAGGAAUGAUACCAAGAUCACUGGAACACGUUUUUAAGAUCUCAAAAGAUUUGAAAGAGAAAGGAUGGGAAUAUAAGAUGGAAGCAAGUUUCUUGGAAAUCUAUAACGAGAACAUACGAGAUCUGCUGGCCUCUGACGACUCACUCAAAUACGAGAUAAAGAUGGUGGGAAAUGGAAAGACGAACUCUGACUCUGAAGUGACCGUCACGAACCUCAAAGUUAUACCAGUUGACAACGAAAAACAGGUUUUKUCGCUUCUGAAAACUGCCGCACAAAAUCGCUCUGUUGGCGCAACCAAAUGUAACGAAAGAUCCAGUAGAAGCCACAGUGUCUUUAUUUUAAAAAUAAGCGGAGAGAACACAAUCACAGACGAGAAAUGCCAAGGGACAUUAAAUCUUAUAGACCUUGCGGGAUCAGAGAGACUAAGUCAGUCAGGAGCCGAGGGGAAACGACUCAAAGAAACUAAAAAUAUCAACUCUAGCUUGAGUAACCUCUCUAACGUGAUUAUGGCUUUGGCGAACAAGGAGUCUCAUAUUCCUUACCGCAAUAGUAAACUCACUUACCUGCUCAAAAACUCUUUAGGAGGAAAUAGCAAAAGUCUAAUGUUCGUCAACGUUUCUCCAAGAGAAGAUUCAUUUCAAGAAACGCUAUGUUCAUUGCGUUUUGCCACCAAAGUGAACCAAUGCAACAUUGGWACUGCGCAAAAGAAAGUCGUCAAAUAGAUUAUAAAACAAGUUUGAAAUCUUUUGUAAAUAGCACCAUUAAGAAUAAUUCAUUUUUAAAUUUUUAAUUWWGCUGUAUUGUAAAGUAUGUAUCGGGUUACAGGUUAAUGACAUAAAUAUUAAGCAGAGUCAUGAAAAAUAUGGUUCGGCCUAAGGCCUACAUGUCCCACAGCCUGUGCGCGCUGUCAAACACAGCCCUCCUGCCAAGGUUGACAGCCUUAGUUAGACGUGACGGCCUUCUACAUGUACCUCAUAAAACUUGUCCACGAGCAGGAUCCCAAUGUAUCUUGAUCCACUCCAGCACAAUGUUUCACUUCGGAGGAAAAACAACUUUGUGAAAAAAUAAACAACUUUUGAAACAACAGUCACAUAAAACCUGCGUGCAAGACCUGAUAAACUGCUUGUAAAUCGAUUGUGAAUAUAGAAGAUAUAACGAUACAUUGUAAGAUGUUACUUGAGUUAAUAAGAAAGUCUGGUAUCAUAUUGAUUCCACGCUCUUUCAACUUUUUAUAAAAAGAUUUUAUWAACCAUAUUUAGCGCAAGACAUGCCUACAGUAAUAAACUCAAAGUGCUCAA